AAAGUUGCAUAAACACAAACUGACCACCUUCUGAGGUGUUAUGCCCUCUGGAACCCUUUUUCAGAAUCUGUGUGCAGGUUUCCGUGCCGGAUCCCGGUUGCAAAAUUCCGACAAAUGACAUUGCUUGAAUAUCAUGACAUAUUCGGAACCCAAAAGUAAUUCAAAGUGGGACAGAUUCUAUAAUGUCUGCGUAGAUUUAAGAAAAUGCGCGCAAUCACACGAUUAAGUGGAAUUUCAUUUUGCGAGAGCAAGACCAAAACGCAUUUUCGCGGCUAUCGGAUGUUCCUCCCUAAGCGGGAGAGAAUUUGCAAUGGUUUCCUCCACACAAGCCAUUUGCGUGCAGGUAUAGAACUAAAUGAGACGCCAAGUUUCAAACAGGUGACCUUCAAGAGGGGCUUCAAAACAUCUCGUGGAGAAUACAUUAACAAGUUAAGUUGCAAUAUAUCCCAUCACUAGUUUCAGGUAUUACUCCAAGUCUCUUUUAUUGAAGCUAAUAAUCUAGUAUAUGGGACGUUAUAUGUAUAUACUAAAACAUAAAACAUUACUACUGGAAAGCUUAAGUUGUUAAUAUUACAUUACAUACAUUUUACUAAUUUAUAAAGUGUGUAUAAGUGAAAUAUAUUGAUUAUAAGGGUGGAAAUCAUCUUAAUAUAGUGGCUAUACUUAUCUUCUUGAUUAGAUAUUAAGAAGGUAUUCCAUCUAAGUCUAAACUUAUCUAAGCACAUAAAGGUCAUAGUGUAUCGAGAGUCACUUCAGAUUAGUCAUGCCUGAUAAACACAAGAUUAAACUCUUUCUGCACUUCAAACACCCUUCUGGUGAUGAGGCACUUGAACCUUCUACAUCUAACCAAUCCACUGGUAGAAAGUUUCUUGGAUUCCAUAUUGGGAAGCAUGACUCAUCUGAAUCUUUAACAUCACCAACGUUAACCAAUUCUUCUGAUCAUCAUCCUCUGCAUAGUACUCAAGAACCUCCACAAGGACUGGUUGUAGGUACUACUCCGCAUGGAAUCAAUGUACAUGCCCCUCCAAUCAAUAAUGCACAAGGAAACCAUUUGACAAUGGAAGAUUCCAACCAUACAUUUAUGAAAUCAAACUCCAUGGUUGAAUUGAAAAGAUUCUUUAAACCUACAAAGAAGAACUCAAUAUCACGUAAGCAACAUGAAGGUCAAUAUACCAACAACAUCCAUUCACCACCUCCCUUGGCUGCUGGUGUGUCAAGUCCUGGUGGACAUUUGUCUGUAACAAAUAGCAAUAGGGAACAAUCAUCUACUUCACUUGCCAAUCUUAUUAAUCAAACUUCAAGUCAACUUUUACAAAAUGCAUCACACAGUAAUAAUCACAAUCUGAAUAAAGAUCCAUUUACUGAUGAUGAAUCACCCUUGGUGAAAAAAUAUGGGAAAUUGGAAAAGGAACUUGGAAGUGGGGCAGGUGGAUCUGUACGGUUAAUUAUUAGACCUUCAGAUUUGAAAACAUUUGCUGUGAAAGAAUUUAGACCGAGAAGAAAUACUGAGUCAUUGAAAGAUUAUACUAGAAAAUGUACUGCUGAAUAUUGUAUCGGCUCAACUUUAAAACAUCCAAAUAUUAUCAAAACAAUUGAUAUAAUUCAUGAAAAUAAUCGAUAUUUUGAAAUAAUGGAAUACGCUCCUAUAGAUUUUUUUGCUGUCGUUAUGAGUGGAGAAAUGUCUAGACAAGAAAUUAAUUGUUGUCUUAAGCAAAUCUUGGAAGGUGUAAGUUACUUGCAUAGUUUAGGGUUGGCUCAUCGUGAUUUAAAACUUGAUAAUUGUGUAUUGACUACAGAUGGUAUUUUGAAAAUCAUUGACUUUGGAAGUGCGGUUAUUUUUAAAUAUCCAUAUGAUCAAUUUUCUGGUUCUAAAGAAACUGUACAUCCAUGUCAUGGGAUUGUUGGUUCAGAUCCUUAUUUGGCUCCUGAAGUAUUGAAAAGUCCAAAUUCAUAUAAUCCACUGCCGGUAGAUUUAUGGUCGAUUGCUAUUAUCUAUUGUUGUAUGACUUUAAAACGAUUCCCUUGGAAAAUUCCAAAUCCCGAGAAGGAUAAUAGUUUCAAGUUAUUUGCAAUGGAUGAUGAUAAUUGGCAUGAUUACAAUUUGAGUAAUGAAUGUCAUAAACUUUUAUUGCAGCAAAGAAAGUUGAAGAAUUUACUUGUUAGACUGAAUAAGAGAAAGAAGCAACUUUUAGAGCAAGAAGAAGAAGGAAGAGAAGGAGAUGGUGAAGAUUCCGAGAAUCAUAGUGGAGAUACUGAGAAUGUUGGAAAGGAUAAAAAGGCUGUUGAAGAUACUACUUUGACAUCAAACAAUGAAAAUAAUGAAGGAGAUAAAACUCAUACGAAGAAAUUGUUAAAGGAGAAAUCCGCUGUAGUGGCGGAACUCUUGACAGAAGAACAAACUCGUGAUAUCACUGCUCAACUAAAGGCAAUUGAUAUGAAAUUGGAAGAGUAUGAGGUUGCUAAAACAGAAAUGAAGGCUAAAUUCACCGAACAAAAGCAACUUCAACAAUCACAACAACAUCCACAAGACUCCCAUCAUCCACCUUCUGGAGAAGGUGAAAGCAAAGAUAUAGAAGGAGGAAAGAAGAAGUCAUCACAUAAACAAAUCCAUGGACCAUAUAGAUUGAUGAGGUUAUUGCCCCAUGCCUCGAGACCAGUCGUCUUCAACAUGCUUCAGGUUGAUCCUCGUAAACGUGCCACUAUGGAAGAAAUCAUGAAUGAUGAGUGGAUUCGUGAAAUCAAAUGUUGCACUUUGAGUAAGAAAGGAUCAAAGUCGCAAACAGAUUUGGGUGGAGACGAUGGUGAAGAAGACGAUGAGGCAGUUGUGGUUGUAAGUGGGGUUCCACACCAUACGCAUACUUCCGUUGUAGAUGAAGCUCCAGAAGAUGCAGCAUGAGCUUAGUAAAUAU